AGUCGACCCUUCAUCGUUAGUUGCGUAGAGCACCGCAAAAUAUUUUUCUUUUCUUAUUGCCUGUAGCGUCUUGGCGUUUGUUGCUUGUUGUUGCUCGCUAUAUCUUUUCCUUUCUUCUUUCUUCUUGGAAAUUUAUAGACUCUAAAGCAAACAAAGAGAAUGCCGCGCGACACGCACAUCCUGCGUUUCAAGGUGGUGACGGUGGAGUGCUCCUCGCUGCCCAACGGCCAGCAGUACACCAUCAUGUACCACCGCGGCAGCACCAACCGAUCCACCCCGUGCUACUCCGCCCAGAACGGCGUCAUCAACUUCGCGGCCAUGCCGGAGGGCGCGGCCGUGGUGCACUUCAAAUCGGGCCACAGCGGCACCCGCUUCGCCCCCAAAUAUAUCCGCUUCAUGAUUGAGGAGUACACGCGCGGUAUGCCGCGACGUCUCGUGGGGGAAACGGAGCUGGACGCGACGCAGGUGUUGAAGGGGUUCUCGAACGUCGGGGCGGGCAUCCUGACAGUGGUCUUCCGCCUGUACGGCACUACCGCGAAGAUGAAGGUGGCCGUCCUCGUCUACCCCGACCAUGCCCCGCCGCUCUCCUUCGACGGCCUCAUCGACCCUGCCGACGUGGCGGCCCCGGAGGCGCCGCAGACGGUGAAGGUCAUGAACCGUGGCGAGGCGAUGAUGAUUCUGAUGGGCCUCGAGACGUUGCUGGAGCGGCAGCGCACGAUGGAGGCGGCAGGCAAGAGGCCCCCGCAGUCGCGCGAGGAGAAGAAGUUGGUAGAGUUGGAGGAGCGGCGGAAGGCCCUCGUCGGCUCGGAGGGCCUAGCGACGGAGGUGGUGAAGACGCGCUGCGAGGAGGUGGUGGCGGUGCAGUUCACUGCCCUCGCGCGGAAGCACCGCAACAACUUCGUCGGCGAGACGGCCGCGUACUUGCGCGAGAUGGCGCUGCGCAGCGGGGAGGAGUUCGCCAGCGAGGACGCCGACAAGCACGAUGCAGCCACCACGCAGGAGCAGCUCAACCGCGUCAACCGCAGCAUCGACGACGUGGACGCGCAGCGGAAGAAGUUGGAGGAAGAGCAGGUCGCCCUCGGCCGCAUUCAGCACAAGGUGGACGUCACGCAGGAGCUCUGCGCGAACCUCGACAAGGUCGGCCAGCUCGACGCGAAGCUGAAGCUGCUAGAGCAGUCCCGCGACGCACUCGCGGCGGCUCUGCUGAGGCACGCGGAGAAGAAGGACACGGAGCUGUCGAGGGAGGUGGCGGCGAUCAAGGCGCGCAUCGCGGCCCUGCAAGGCGAGCAGCAGCAAAUGCGGAGCAAAGUAACGCACAUGGUGGGCGUCGCUGCGGGGCACGUCGUGAAGUGGGCGCGGAGCAAGAACCCACCGGAGCCAGAAGUGUCGACGGGUCUGCGCACCGGCUCGCGGCCGACCGCCGCCUCCCCGCGCAACGUCGUGGACGACUUGUUCAGCAACGCCGACAAGCCGGAGCGCUCGAAAGAGGCACAGAUGCUCGACGAUGUGCAGCGGCGUCAGGUGAUGGGUGCGCUGAAAGGGAUGCGCGCCUCCGCACCGCCGCCGACGGCCCACUCGCCCACGUCGGACUCCUCCAGCUCGGGUCACCGCACCCCGCGCGACCUCUUCGCCGGUCAGGAGGGCCUGCCGUCCAUGGGCGACUUCAGCUCUGCCGCCGACAAACAGAAGAAGGAAGCCGAGGAGGCCGCGGCGGCCAAGAAGAAGGACGCGGAGAAAGCGGCAGCGAAGAAGCCCGUGAAUGAAGACCCGUUGAAGCCGUCGGGACUCGGCAUAGACAUGUUCUCCGCACCACCGCCCUCCGCGUCCUCCAGUUCGCCGAAGGGGAUGCCGUCGACGAACGACUACACCCGGCCCUCCUUCGCCGCGAGCCAGCCGGAGGUGCAGCCGAUGUUCGACCUCAGCGCCAUGGGCCAGUCCGAGACGUCACGCCGCACCGGCAUGGCCAGCCAGGACGCGGGCCCGGGCUUCGUGCUGGAGCCACAGCGGCCGGAGCCGACCCGGACGGGCCCGCCAGCGCCGCCCGCCGUCACCGUGUCACCCGCCUACAACAGGAAGGACGACCCGUACUACGACGAGAUGGACGACUUCACCGUACCGCCGGACAACGACAACAACGCGUACGCCGCCGUCGAGUUCACGGGUGGGUUUCCCGGUUUUGGCGAUGACACGACGUCGUCGCCGCUGCGCGCCAACGCGGCUGCCUCGUCAAGUCCCGCGACGGCGGCCGGCUACACCGUGACGCGGCCUACGUUCGACUUUGGUCCAAGUGGCGGCUUCAACGACGACGUCGGCACGAUGGGCGGCGGCGGCGGUGCCUCCAUGAACCCGCCUGCGCCGGCCGCCUUCUUCGGCGGCGGCAGCAGCGAGGAGCCCUCGACGACGAACCGCAGCGCGGAGGACAGGAACAACCCCUACAGCGGAAUCAGCAACCUGCCCAACUACAAUUUCGGGAGUUAA